GCAAACUACUGUUACAACUUUCUGCUUAAUUUUCACUUCGGUUCAGCCUACCCUGUUGCAGAAAAACAAUGGCAAAUGCAUGGACAGAAGAUCAAAUUGCUAUAUUCCAUGAAGCCUUUGAUGUUGUUGACAAGGAUUCUGAUGGUUUCAUUACUGUGGAAGAACUGAUAUCCAUUGUUCAGUCAUUAGAAGGAAACACAACAAAAGAAGAAAUUCAAGAAAUGAUUAGUAAAGUCGAUAUGGAUGGAAAAGGAAGUGUAAAUUUUGAAGAGUUCUUGAACGUUAUAGGAAUGAGAAUGAAGGAAAAUCUGACCGAGGAGCUAAAAGACGCGUUCAAAGUGUUUGACAGAGAUAAUGAUGGGUACAUAUCAGCUACUGAGUUGCGACAUGUGAUGAUGAAAUUGGGAGAGAGGCUAACAGAAGAAGAAGUUGAACAAAUGAUUAGAGAAGCAGAUUUGGAUGGAGAUGGUCGAGUUAGCUAUGAAGAAUUUGUGAGAUUUAUGUCACUAAAUUGAUCCAUUUCAUUCGAAGAUUUGGAAGUUUCUCAGGACAAAGUGACACCGUUGACUUUUCUUUAGACCAUUCUAUGUUCUUUUGUAUUUAUUAUGACACUAUUAAUACCGUCAAUAUGUUGAUCCUCUCCCUCU